AGGUGCCAAAUCACAACUCUUGCAAUGUCGGUUGUCAACAAAUAACAUCACUGGUUCUUCUCCACUCAUGUAAAUAGACUUCAAUGAGCCGCUGUAAAUACUUACAUUCCAUUCUUUAUAUAUCUUGAGGUCAAAACAACAAAAGGCAAAGAGGAAAAGGAAAUAGAAUCAAUAUGUCUGGAGAUACUGCAAAACCGUUGACACUUCCUAGCGGUCCAGCUACGCUCUGCUUUGACAAAGAUGACUUCAUGAAGAAUACCUUUAAUGUUGAUACCUUUGUAAUGGAUUGUCGGAGAUGUGUUCCCCUUGAAACCCUUCGAGAUGAUCUUCAUAUUUAUCUGAAAAUUCUUAGAAGUGCCAUGAUAGAAUUGAUUAACAAAGAUUAUGCUGAUUUUGUCAAUCUUUCUACCAAUCUGGUUGGAAUGGAUAAAGCGAUAAAUAACUUAACGGAACCACUUGGACAGUUUAAAGAGGAGGUCCUGUGUGUCACCUCUGCAAUGGAUAAUGCUAUAGAGGCUGUGGAAGAGAAACUUAACCAGCGACAGAAAAUAAAGGACAAGAAGGCUUGUUUACAAGGCUUAAUAAAUAUCGUACUGUCAGUUGAGAAGAUAGAGAAACUUUUGGGAUUAACACACAACAUGGAGCCUUCAUCUGGUGCCAGACUGAAUGGUCAGUUGAUUGAACGAGUGGCUACAGAGUUUAACAAACUUCAGUUUUAUGUCACAAAAAGUCGAGGUCUUCCUUUGGUUGAAGAAGUAAAACCUAGAAUUGCUAGUAUUACCAGUACGCUGCAGUAUAGUUUGGAAGGUUCUUUCUUGGAAGGUUUGGACAACAACAAUGUUGAUAUUCUUCGACAAUGUCUACGAACAUAUGCCUUGAUUGACAAAAUAAAAGAUGCUGAGGCAUUAUUCCGGAAGCAUGUUGCCAGACCAUUUAUGGAGGAAGUUAUCACUGAAGACUUUCUCCGAACUAGCCACCAGGGACUUAAGGGAAUGUAUAUUAAAAUUCUAGAAUUUGUUCCAAAACAUUGUCAUAUUUUGAAAGACAUCACUUCUUCUAGUACAAGUGGAGAUGUUGUUCGGGGUUAUGACUUUAUUGUGAAUUCUGUGUUGCCUGAGAUAGUAUGUAAUAUAGAGGCAAGAACUCCUUCCAUAUUUGCUCCAGGAAAUCCAAACCUAUUUCAUGAGAAAUACACAAUCAGCAUGGACUUCAUGAGUAAGUUUGAGCAGCAGUGUGGUUCACAGGCAAGUGUGAAGCGGUUAAGAGAACAUUCUAGCUACCAAGUUUUCAUGUCUCGUUGGAGUUUACCUGUCUAUUUCCAAAUCAGGUUUCAAGAAAUAGCCGGAGCUUUUGAGAAUUCACUUUUAUCUGGGUUAAAUAAUGCUCCAGAUGGAAGCGAUAUAUAUCUCCAUGCUAGUUUCCAUUUGUGGGAGUCAAUCUGCCAUUGUUGGCAGCCAGAUGUCUAUCUGCCUACAUUAAUGCACAGAUUCCUCAAACUGAAUCUUCAGCUGUUGUCACGUUACAGUUCUUGGAUCGAUGAAAUUUACCAGAAAGAGAACCAGAAAUCCAGUAACACAAAUAUUCUCAAGAAUGAAAGAGCUUCGACACCAGCUAGUAAUAAUAACUCUAGUUCGAACAAUAAACAGAAUGGUUUGGAACAGAACAACCAAACAUCAACCUCCUGUGAGUCAGAACCUAUAACACUGGGGCAAAUACUUUGCCUCCUAGCUGAUGCCGAGAAAACUUCAGAACGAAUUUUCCCUAUGUUUGAGAAAGAUAUCAGACCAAAAUUGGAAUCCAUUGGAUAUCAAAAUAUAGAUUUAAUAAAAGAUGCAUUUAAUGACUCUCAGACAAAUGUGUUGUGUAACGUGCCAAAGUUUCAAAACUCCGUUAUUCAAGAAUUGACCUGUCAGUGUAGUGUUCACCUGAAGCAAGUGGCAGAUAUUCCUCGUUUGUUUCGGCGGACAAACAGAGAGGUCCCAACCAAAACAUCUUCAUACACCACUGGUUUGUUUAAGCCACUCAACAUGUUUUUUAGUGAACAUAAAGCUAUACUAAGUGAAAGCAGGAAGCAAGCCAUAGCUAAGCAAGUCUUGGAGAAUCUUGCUCAACAGUAUUACACAUCAACAUCAGAUGUAUUGACGUCAGUGAAGAAAAUGGAAGACAGCCUGAAGCGAUUAAAGAAAGCUCGUGGGACAGGUGUGAGCACUGGUCUCCCAGGUAUGACAGAUGAUGACAAGAUUCGUCAGCAGUUGAUCAUUGACAUUGAACACUAUGCACAACAGGUGGAAUCGUUCGGCUUUGAUAGUAAAACACUGCAUGGAUGCACUCAACUGUCAGCACUUUGUGAAGAGGCAAGAAUAGCCAUGACAAACCCAAAUCCAUCAUCAUCAUCGUCAUCAGCACUAACUCCCAAGCCAGCUUCUUGAAACUUCACUCCUUUUUGUCUUGCUCUACCCCCUCUUCCAGUCCAGUCAAGUCUCCACAAUAAAGUUGUCUGGGAAGAAUACUACCAUUCUGAAGGAAAUAUAUAAAAGUAUGUUGUAGAUUGAUAAUACCCAGGGUAUGACUGGUAUCAGUCUGAGGGGUGUAUUAUUAAUAAGGAAUAAAUCAAAUAAGUUAAGGAAAGAAGGAAAUUCUCAUUUAUUUGUUUUGUUUUGUUUUUUACAUUUUCAAUCCUUCACUUUAAGGGAGUUCAUUUGCUAUCAAAUGGUGGAACAGAGUUUUGCAACUUUGCAAAGCAUCACUUUUUUUUUUUAUUUUUCACAAAACAGGGGUGUCACAGUGGUUGUGACAGUAUUGUAUUCUGGAGAUAAUUUUAUGGAAAUGUAUUAAGUGAGAAAAAAAAAUCUCAGAAAACAAGGCACAUUUUUGUUUUAUUUCUCUCCCUUCACACACACAAUCUCAGUCUGUUUAUUAACUAAAAAAAUAUUUAUUUUCUUAAGGAAACAAACUAUAAUUUGGUUAUUUAAAAACAAUAAUAAAUUAAAUCAUUUUUUUUUUAUCUGAGGGUAAAAAAAUACAAGAUAAAAUACAAAGGUAUUUUUGUUGUUAUUGUUACAUCAAUACCUGUAAAGGGGACAAAACUGCUUCAUAAAAGAACUAGAAAUUUCAAAAAAAUGUUCUGUUCUUUAUGGAAUACAAUUUGACCUAAACUUGUGAUCAGUUUGGUAACUGGCAAUUUCAUUAAAAAAAUUUUUUUUUUGUAAGUGGGGUACUUUUUUUGUUAAUUUCAUUUAAAAAAAAAUAUUAAUCAUAUUUUUAGAACUGUUUUUUCUUCUGUUAUUUUUAUGUAAUUAGUGAUAAUGAUAGGUCUUCUGUAUAGGUAAAAUUCAUUAUAAGUUAAUGUAAAUGUUUGUAUUGAAAUUUUUAAAACUGUUUCUACCAAUUCAAACUUUAUUGGGAAUAACUUCAAAUAUGUCACUGUUCUGCGAUGCUACUCUCUUGGUUCCUCAAGUAAAGAACUAAAAAUGUGGGGGGUUUUCUUUCAUGCCUGUUGAAAAGCAACUUUGAAAGAAAAUGUCUUUCAGAAGAAGCCAAUAAAUUCAUUGUUGAGUUCUUA